AUGGCCACAGAGACACAGCAAGAAGAUUUGAUAGAAAACGCAAGAGACCAGAUCGCCGAUUCCAUUUUGUACAUAACUAAGGUUUUGGAGAGCUUUAACGAUCGAUAUUUUGGGAGAAGUGAUUUGGGAAAAUAUGUCGAGUACGAAAGAAUUAAGCCGCAACUGAGCAAUUCUAACGGACGAGAAGAAUAUCGCGGCCUGAAAAAGCUGGCGAUGGGUUUGAUUCCGCUGAUAUUUCAUUUGGGUGCUGCUUCUACUUGGAUGGUGUUGACAACGAUACUGGCAGCGAAAUCCGUUUUACUUGGAAUUAUUUUGUUGGUGUUUAAAAUAGCUGUCAGUUCGGCUAAGGUUGGAUCAUUCUUCACGCAUCUCAAAGGAAGUCAUCAUCACGAGUGGGCAUGGUCACCGCCGCAUGAACACCACGCACCGGUAUACGAAAUUAGUCCAGCUUGGAGUCCCUCGUAUAAGGCACCAAUUGAACAUUUUGACCACAAGCAUGCGAUAGAGAAAUGA